AUGGCUGACGCACUGGUUGCUGCUAGCAUACAGAUUGUCUUGGAAAAGUUAGUUUCUGCCACCACUGAUGUGAUUGGUGUGGCUUUUGGAGGAUUCAAGGAGGAGUUGGAGAAGCUAAAAGGAUCUGUUGCCAUGAUCCAAGCUGUCAUGGCUGAUGCUGAGAAGAAGCAAGUGCAGAACCAGGACGUGCAACUAUGGUUGAAGAGGCUUGAAGGAGUGGCUUUUGAUGCUGAUAAUCUGUUGGAUGAGAUCAACUAUGAAUUUCUUCGUCGUAGGAUGGAGACUCAAAAUCGUCUCAAGCAAAAGGUAUGCCUUUUCUUCUCCACCUCCUGUACUUUUGCUUUUCGUUGGAGAAUGGCUUCUAAGGUCAAGAAUCUCAACAUGAAGUUGAAAUCUAUCAAUCAAGAAGCUGUUGGUUUUGGGCUUAGUAGGUCCCAAAUGGGAGGUGGUGCAUAUGUAUCUCCCCUCCCUGCUAUGACUAUGAGUCGGGAGACUGACUCCAUAGCUCGUCAAAAUGUAGUUGGAAGAGCCACCGAUGCAUCCAACAUAGUUGGAACAUUGUUGAGCUCGUCUGCAAAAGUUGUCUCUGUUAUUCCCAUAACAGGCCUGGGGGGGUUGGGCAAAACAACUUUGGCUCAGUUAGUCUAUAAUGAUCCAGAAAUCAAUAGGCAGUUCGAUAAAAAGAUCUGGGUUUGUGUGUCUCGUAAUUUUGAAGUUACGAGGCUUUUCAAACUGAUCCUAGAAUCAUUAACAAAGAGAAAAGCCGAUGUCGAAAGCAGGGAGCCUAUAGUUCAAGAAGUUCGAAGAGAAAUUGAAGGAAAAAGAUAUCUUCUGGUACUUGAUGAUGUAUGGAAUGAGAGAUCUGAGCUGUGGGAGGAUUUCAUUCAUUCUUUGGUUGGAAUUAGCACUACAAAUGGAAAUUGGAUUCUUGUAACAACUCGUAAUAUAGAAGUGGCCACACGUGUGGCUACACAUCCUCCAUAUUCAUUGAGUAAAUUAGGAGAUGAUGAUUGUUGGUCGAUUGUGAAAGAGAAAGUGUUUCCAAGUGGAGAAGUACCAAAAGAAUUGGAAGCACUAAAGAGUAGAAUAAUAAAAAGAUGUCAAGGUCUACCUCUUGCUGCGACUGUAAUUGGAGGUUUGUUACGUUUCAAGAGGAAAGAGGAGUGGCUAGCUAUUUUGGAGAGUGGGUUUGCGCGUUUGGGUGGGGAAGAAAGUAGUGUGAUGCAACUUCUUAAGUUGAGCUUUGACCAUUUGCCAAGUGCGUCCAUCAAAAAGUGUUUUGCAUACUGCUCAAUCGCUGGCAAAGGUUCUGUCAUGAGUAGGCAGAAGCUAACCUUGCUCUGGAUGGCAGAAGGUUUUCUGCAACCAAGAUUUAAUGAGGUAUUGGAGGACAUAGGCAAGGAGCACUUCGACAUUUUAUUGCAAAGCUCCUUGUUUGAAGAGGUAGCAAUGUUCGGCCCCUUUUAUCAUAUAGGCGAUAGAAACUGUACAAUGCAUGAUUUUGUGCAUGACCUUGCACAAUCAGUAUUGAGAUCUGACAGCAUCACCGAUGAGAAUUGCCGCUACCUAUUGCUGCCUUCAUUUGAUGGAGAAACGCAAGAAAACUUGAAAAGCAGAUCAAGUUCACUCCGGACUUUACUUGGGAACGGGAAUAUAGAGUCUGGAGAGGUAUUCUUGAAAUUAAAGUACUUGCGUGUUCUCCAGUUGCCUCUUGUGACUAGUCAGGAGCUGCCAACCUCAAUUAGCAAGCUAAUCCAUUUACGAUUUCUUGACCUAUCACACUCAAGGUUCAAAGCUUUGCCAGAGUCCAUUUGCAAGCUAUAUAAUUUGCAGACACUGGUAUUAAGCAACCACUUUAACCCUACAACCUUGAAGGAGCUUCCUGAUGGGAUGAGAAACUUGAUCAACUUGAGACAUCUUCUUUUUUUCACUCCUGAUAGCAAAUUUAGAAUGCCAAAAGGGAUGGGACAAUUAACUUGUCUUCAAACAUUACAAUUCUUCAACAUAGGCAAGGAGGAAGGUUGCAAAAUUGAGGAGGUAGGAUGCUUAAAAAACCUCAGAGGCCAAAUUCUAAUACGCAACCUCGAAUUUGUAAAUGCUAAAAGAGAAGCACACCAGGAAGAUUUGUUGAGUAAGCCAAAUUUGAAUGAUUUGGCAUUUGAGUGGGGUAGCGGUCGAGAAGGAGACUACAAUGAUGAAGAUGUGUUGGAAGACUUGACAGAUUGGUAA